CAGCCUGUCUUGCCAGAGGGGAAGGGGUCCUGGGCAUUUGAGGGUGCUGGAAACGAUUUUUUGGGUCUGGUCAGGAACAUCCCCUUUCACCUUUCCUGCAGCACCCACCAUUGUCCCCCUGCUCUGGGGUCUGAUUUUCCCCCUUGGCCACAAAGACGGACAUGUUUCCCUCACUGUCUCCUAGCCUGUUCUUCCCCUUCAGACUUGCUUUCUCUUGUGCAUUCCUUGCAGGAUUAAGGCGCUUGCUCAGCAGACAGAGGCCGGCCUUUGGAGGGCCUCUCAACCCUCACCAGCUUCCUUCGGAAAGGCUUCAGGGAGCAGCUAGACAUGGCUUGGGUCCUUCUGCUGCUGCUGCUGGGGUUGCUGGCUGCCCUGGGGCAGGGCUCAGCCGUCCUGGGCACGCUAGACCUGCAGAUCGAUGAGGAGCAGCCGGCGGGCACCAUCAUUGGGGACAUCAGUGCAGGCCUGCCCCCUGGCACCACGACUUACAUGUACUUCAUCUCUGCCCAGGAGGGCAGCGGUGUGGCUACAGACCUAGAAAUUGAUGAGAAUACUGGCAUCAUCAAGGCGGCCAGGGUGCUGGACCACGAGAGCCGAGACCACUACAGCUUCAUUGCUGUCACCCCUGAAGGUGCCACGGUGGAGGUCAACGUCCAGGUCAACGACAUCAAUGACCACGCGCCCACCUUCCCCAAGCAGCGCAGCUCCCUCCAGAUCCCAGAGCACACCCCCCUGGGCAGCCGCUUCCCUCUAGAGCCAGCCUUUGACGCCGACAGUGGCUUGCUCAACACCCAGGGGUACGCCAUCAAAGGGGGAAACGUGGGGCAGGCUUUCCGCCUGGAAAUGCGCCGUGGGCCCAAUGGGGUCCUCCAGCCGGAGCUGGUGGUGAGCAGCGUGUUGGACCGGGAGACGCGGCCCAGCUACACCCUCUUUCUGGAGGCCUAUGACGGCGGAUCUCCCCCCCGGAGCUCCCAGAUGACCUUGGAUGUGUCUGUCCAGGAUGUCAACGACAACGCGCCAGCCUUCAACCAGAGUCGCUACCACACCCUCAUCCCAGAGAACCUCCAGCCCGGCAGCAGCAUCAUGCGGGUCUUUGCCCUGGACGCUGACGAAGGGGACAAUGGCGCCGUGGUGUACGAGAUCAACCGCCGGCAGAGCGACCCGGAGCAGUACUUCACAAUCGAUGCCACCACGGGAGUCAUCAAGCUCAACAAGGGCUUGGACUAUGAGUUGCGGAAGGUGCACGAGCUUGUGGUGCAGGCGCGAGACAGGGCGGUGCACCCCGAAGUCUCCACAGCCUUCGUCACCAUCCAGGUGCGAGACUACAACGACAACCAGCCCACGAUGACCAUCAUCUUCCUCAGUGAGGAUGGCUCUCCUCGCAUUUCAGAAGGCGCCCAGCCCGGGCAGUUUGUGGCCCGCAUCUCUGUCUCAGACCCUGACUACGGAGAGUACGCCAACGUCAACGUCUCCCUGGAGGGUGGCGAGGGCAAGUUUGCCCUCACCACCAAAGACAACAUCAUCUACUUGAUCUGCGUGGACCAAAUGCUGGACAGGGAGGAACGGGACUCCUACGAGCUGCGGGUGACAGCCACGGAUGCAGGAACGCCCCCGCUGCGGGCUGAGUCAGCGUUUGUGCUCCAGGUGACAGACGUCAAUGACAACCCGCCCCUAUUUGACACCCAGGAGUAUGAGCAGAGCGUCCCCGAGGUGGUUUACCCAGGCAGCUUCGUGCUGCAGGUGACGGCUCGCGACAAAGACCAGGGCCCCAAUGGGGAGGUUCGCUACAGCAUCCUGCACACCCACCACACCCAUUCCCACUGGUUUGCCAUCGAUCCUGCCACAGGCAUCGUCACGACGGCCUCUUCUCUGGAUUAUGAGGUUGAUGCUCAGCCCCAGCUGACUGUGGUGGCCACGGAUAGGGGCAAGCCUCCCCUCUCUUCGACCGCUGUGGUUCACGUGACCUUGCAGGAUGUCAACGACAAUGAGCCCCUCUUCGAAAGCAACUUCUACAAUGUCUCCCUGAAGGAGAACGUCCCUCCUGGCACCUGCUUCCUCCAGGUGAGCAAGGGGUUGGGGAGGGACCUGGCCAGCGCACUUGGCGCAGGAGCAGCCAAAGUGGCGGCAGUACAAGCAGCCUGUCCCCCCGGUACCUGGCCCAGGUUGAGGUGCCCUGUGCUUGUCCAUGGCUCCUGAGAAAGACAGAUCUGGAGGGGGUGGGGUGCCCAUGGGGGGUGGGCUGGAGUCCUUGACUAGUGUGGGGAAUGAGCAUCUCAAGUCCAACUGGCCAAGAGUCAGCCAGCCAGAGGUCUUCUCAGCAGCUCUGCGGUUCGUUGGAAGGGGACCACCUCUGUUGGUAAUGGCAGCUCAUUUGUGAAGGGCAUGGCUCAGGGUUCAAGCGCCUGCUUGGCAUGCAGAAGGUCCCAGGUUUAAUCCCAGUGGCAGCUUCAGGUAGGCCUGGGAAAGAGAGUCCUGCCUGAAACCUGGAGAGCCUUUGCUGCCACUGUAGACGGAACUACGCCAGGCGGACCUCUGGUCUGACUUGGAAGAUGGCAGGCUAGGCUGUUCCUAUAAUAGCAGGUCCCUUCUAGCCCCACAUGCCUCCCUAUCUGGAAGGGCUGCCACACUAAGGAAGGGUCAGUCAUAGAAUCAUAGAAUCAUAGAAUCAUAGAAUCAUAGAGUUGGAAGAGACCACAAGGGCCAUCGAGUCCAACCCCCUGCCAAGCAGGAAACACCAUCAGAGCACUCCUGACAUAUGGUUGUCAAGCCUCUGCUUAAAGACCUCCAAAGAAGGAGACUCCACCACACUCCUUGGCAGCAAAUUCCACUGUCGAACAGCUCUUACUGUCAGGAAGUUCUUCCUAAUGUUUAGGUGGAAUCUUCUUUCUUGUAGUUUGGAUCCAUUGCUCCGUGUCCGCUUCUCUGGAGCAGCAGUGGGAAGUCCUACCUUCCCACUUCCUGUCUUAGCCAUUCCCCUCUCUCUGCCCGCCCUGUGUGCUCAAGAAGAAGGGACUGGAUCAAGAGGAAAAGAAUCCUUUCCUUGGCACGUUGGGGGACACAGACUGAGGCAGAGGCCAAAGUCCCAGGACGGGACAAGGAAGCCUCACACUUGCAUAAGCCCCAGCAGUCUGCUGAGUGGAGCUCUUCUCCUCCUUGAAGGAGAAGCAGCCUGCAGCUGAUGAGCUCCUGCUUCCUGCUCUUCUCCAUUCCACAGGGCUGUCCAUUGCAGAAACCUUGGAUAGGAAUAGGCUCACUAGAUGGAGACAGUACUUGGCAUGCAGGAAGCUCCAGGCUGAGUCCACAGAAUCCGCCAUGGAGGAGAGAAUGAGCUCCACUGCAAGCCCCCUAGCAGCUUCUUUCCCUCGCAGGAGGCAGUGCAGCAGUAGAUGGGCCAAAGACCCAACCCCCUUUUAUGAACCAGGCCAGGAGAUUUGCAGAGCAGAUCUGCCAGGGUCCAUCAGUCAUACCCUCUGGCUGUCGCCAGGUUGGCUCUCUUAACCUUGGAAGAACCCCAUUGCAAUUUGGAUCCUCCUGGGAUCCUUUCGGGGGCUCAGCUGCCUUGAGGUGCCUCAGGCGAUGCCAGCUUAGCUUCGUGGAACAGAAUCCUGCUCCUCUGUAACAAGGCAUCCCUCCACCCACCCCACCACUCCCCAUGACAGCAGCUGAGUAUCUGGAGUGCAGGGGGGGGGCAGCAGGCAGCUGGCCAAGAGGAGGCAAAGGCCCUCUCCCUUGCAGCCCAAGGAGGGCAGGAUGGGGUGGGGAGUAUCAGAGCCAAGCUCUGCCAGUGCCUCUGACUUUGGGGGCACCAGCAGUGUUGCAUGUGCUUGGUUUGAAGAAGGGGUGUGGACCUGUCGGGGCCCUCCAGAUAUUGUGGGGCUGUACCUCCCAAGAGCCAGGAUGGCCGUGGGUAAGAUGAGGAGAGCUGGAGACUGGAGCCCCAGUCAGUGGCAUCUCAGGUUGUAUAAAAGGUUGAUUUGUUGAUGCACUAAGGAAAACCCAGGAUGGACUGACUUCUUCCGGGUUUUAUAUUUUAUCCAGAUUUAUUUUAUAUAUUGUGAUUUAUUUUAAUAAUAAUAAUAAUAAUAAUAAUAAUAAUAAUAAUAAUAAUAAUUUAUUAUUUAUACCCCGCCCAUCUGGCUGGGCUUCCCCGGCCACUCUGGGCGGCUUCCAAAAGAAUAUUAAAAUACUGUGAUACAUCAGUUUUAUUCAGUUUAUAUCCCCAACUUCCUCCUGAAGGAGCCCAGUGCAAAACCCGUCAGGGGGGUUUCCUUCCUCUAGCUUCCUACACAUUUUCCCCUUUAGCUCUCUGGGCUGUGGAAUGUACCUUGCAUCUUUAUCUGUCUGCUGCCUUGCUCCCGGUUUCCUUUCUCUUGCCUCCAGAAGCUCAUAGCUCUGGCCUCUGAGCUCGUCCUUUUCGGAGCUGCAGACCUCUGAAAUGGCUGUUCCCAUUGGCUGGCUGCUGCUUUCUCCUUGAGAGUUUCCUUAUGCUGCUGACAUCUGUGUUAUUCAAGGGACUUUCUGGCUGAGCAAACCCCAGUUUCCCCCACGGUUGUGCAGCUGCGGCAGCCCCAGACUCCAUCGCCACUUAUGGGGAGGUUUGCUGAGCAAGAGGAGGAGCUGGAUCUGCAGACAUUGCUCCUUGCCCUUUCAUAUUCUUUGAACUGGGAAGCUGCACAAUAGCGCAGGAAAGGGGGCAAAUGCUUCCUUCAGAUAUAUAUUUUUAGUUUAUUAAAACAUAUUUAAAAUGUUUUUAAUACAUGUGUAUUUAAAACACAACAGUGUUAAUGGAGAAAUCUGAGGCUCCCUUGGACAAAAAAAAAGGACACCAGCCAGGAAUAGCAGAGCAAAACAGCAGCCAGUAGGUUUGGUCUUUAUUAAGACUGUCACGACAGGACUCCCACCUGCCACAAGGUGGAACAAGAUGGAAGCCCCGAACAAAAGAGCCCCCAAACUUUUAUUAGCUGCUAAUCCCCAUGUUACACCCCCCCAAACUACAUCACUAAUACAUCAUGGUUACAUCAUGAAAGGGGAGGUCUGGUGGCAGUAAUCUGAGCAUCCUGGACCCUGCCCCAUGGUUCCCCUUGCCCUCCACCAAACACCCAUCAAGUGUAAUAAAAAAGAUAUUUACAUUUCCCUGUUUCCCAGCCAAGUUCCUCACACCCUUUGGUCUUCCUCUGGGUUUGUUAUUUCUGGAAUGGCUACCUGUCUGGCACUCAGGUAUCAGGAUGCCAGGGGGUAUCACUCAGGCAGAGGGCCUGCUGAGUAGCUGAGCUCACAGGUCUAGAUGAAUUUCUGAAGUUUUCCCAGUGAGCCAGUACAUUGAUACAUUGAUCAGUGAAUUCUUACAUUUGGUAUCGUACAGCAAAGGACCUUUGAAUAGAUAGGAAGAAACUGUGAAGAAGUGUUUUGGGGGGACAAAUCACAAAAGUGAUUGUGCUGAUUUUGGUAGUGGGCUGCAUGUGCAUGAUAUCUGCUGGAGGGGCAACCCCUCCCCCAACCUGUACAUAAAUUCCUGCAACAACAGGAAUAUUUAUUAGAAAAGAAUUUAAACAGCAAAACAUUUGAUGGUGGGCAUCACUGUAAGAUGGAAGACAAGCCCUGUGAGGACCCCCCGUGACAUGAGCAUGGCUUGGGGAGGGGGCACAGGCACAGAUUUCCCACAAGACAGAAAAGAUGCUCAGCAGGCAUGUCAGACACUGUGCUUCAGGGGGGCCACAGGCUUGUUUCAGAAGGGUCAGCCCUGGGGGAGGGUCUCUGGGUGCGUAGCAUGUGGGGUUGGGGGCUCAACAGAGCACUGGGGUGGGUUGGGGGCCUCUGUCCUAGCCUGUUGGCAACAACUGCUCUUUAUGGGCAUAUCUUUUUUUAAAAAAAUCUUGUUUGCAACUAGCACCCCUCCCCCUUCCUCUCUCUCUCUGCCCCACACGUGCUUCUUCCAUCCCCCCAUUUAUCAUUUGCACACCCUCUUGUCACCCACCAAGGCUAGUUUGCAAAAGGGAAGAAGUGCAGAGGAACCAGUUUCUGCUGCUUGUUCAUAGAAACAGGAAAUAUGCAGCUGCAAAGAGAAAACAAGGGCUUUAAUAGAAUCAUAUAAUUGUAUGAUGAUAAUAAUAAUAAUAAUGAUUAUUUAUUAUUUAUACCCCACCCAUCUGGCUGGGUUUCCCCAGCCACUCUGGGCAGCUCCCAACCAAAUAUUAAAAGGGUUGGAUGGGACCCCCUAGGGUCAUCCAGACCAACCCCCUGAAAUGCAUCAGCUAAAGCAUCCAUGACAGAGGGCCAUCCAAGCUCUGCUUAAAACCCCCCAAUGCAGGAGAGUCCACAACCUCCCAAGGGUUGAACUGCUCUUACUGUCAGAAAGUCUGUGGCCCUGUGAAACCCCUCCCGGCCCCCCACCUCCCCUCCCUGGCCCUCCUUUGCACCCUGGGUGUUUUUUGCCUGGCUGGGAUAUGUCCUUGAUCUCUGACAACAUCUCUUGAUGAUAGCUCAGAUAGUUGGUGGACCAUGAGACUUUUAAUCUCAGGGUCGUGGGUUUGAGCCCCACAUUGUGCAAACGAUCCCUGCAUUACAGGGGGCUGGACUAAAUGACCCUCAGGGUCCCUUCCAACUCUACACUUCUGUGAUUCUUUGAUUCCCUGGACGGAGGAUGGAGAAGGGUGUGUAAUGUGCGUAGAAACUGGUCAGUUAUGCAAAGGUGACUACAGCCAUACUUCUGCCCUGUGGCCACGUGCCCUUGUGAAUUCUGCUUCUCCAGGGAUCCUGCUUGUGCUGUGGGAAGGAGAUAUGCAGCCCCACCUUAAUGUAAUUCAAACUUGCAUCCUCCUUUGUCACCUCUUGAGCUGCUUGGGCAGAGAAAAUGUGGCUGUGCGUUGGCUCUGCACAGGCGGGCCACACCUGAAUUCCUGCAUGUGGCACCAUCUGAGUGGCAGGGACUCCAUGUCAUUCUGGGCAUUUGCACCUGGGGCCUCUCUGUGCCCUUUCUCACCCAGUGGAUCCUGCAGCACCAAUUUCUACUCUUUCUGUCUCGUGCCCAGGAUCUGGCGUCCUCACUGUGGGCAUCAAGUCAUGGAACUUCCUGCGAGAGCCAGGCUGCUUGGCAUGUGACCAGGGCUUGCCUGGCUCCAUCCAGCUGGUGUCUAGUGGUGCUGUGCCCCCAGUGGCUGGGCUCCCUGCUGCGCUUAAGUGAUGGCGCCUCCCAUUGUGUAUCAUGGAGGGCAGGGCUAAUCCUGACGACUAGCCAUGCUGCCAGGAAUCGCGGUGGCAGCGGGGGGGGGGGUCCUGCUUGUUUCUGGCCUUUCUCCUUUCAGGACACUGGUUGGCCACAGUGGGAAGCAGGCUGGACUGAGGUGGGUCUGAUCUGGUGACCAGGGCGUGCUUUUGCCUGUAGGCUAUGCCAGGGAGGGAGCUGUCCUUGGAAGAGGAUUGGGUGUGUGAUGCAACAGGCCCCUGUGCCAUGGGUGCCUUCUGAGCUCUCUCUGUGUACCCAGAGCCAUGGGAGGAGUCAGGAUUCACCCCCCCCCCGGCAUGGCACUUGGGCUGCUGGUGAGCCCCCUCACUCUCCUCCCUGCUGAUGCCAAGCUGGGCCUGCCUGAAGGCUGCCCUGUUGGUCUACAGCACAGCUGUGACUACCCAGACAGAUUUGGGGCUCAGCGGAACUGACUGUGGGGCCUCUGGGCACUGGCCUCCAGUCUCCCCCUGCUUAGCCCUGGCUGCAAGAGCAAGAGCUGAAGGACUCUGGGUUGAUGCAGCUGCAGGGAGCCUCUGGGAAGGGUUGCUGCUGGCCACGCAUGGCUGGCGGCCGCUGCUGCUGUCAACAGCUACCCACGGGGCCCGCUCUUCUGACCCAGCCCGUGCAGGCCAGCCGCUCCCCAGCUGACCCUGGAGGCCGGCCGGGAGCCGGGAGCCCUCAUUUCCUGAAAUAGCCCGGCUGGCUGCUCCUUCACCACUUUUAGCCGCUCAGCAACUGUGCCAGGGUGGGGAGGGCAGCUGCGCAGUGCGCCUAGCCGGGAGUGUGCGUGGGAUCGCUGACCACACUGGCGCCACGGCUCCCCUCGUUCCUGGGCCUGAACCAAAGCCAGAUGUGGAACUGCGGCUUUGCAAACAUCUGCCGAGCGAGGCCUCCUGGGCAGCCUGCCAUCCGGGGCCUGGGAGCUGGGCUGGGCUUGGAUGGGCAGGCGGGCAGUGAGGGGAGCAGCCUGCAAAAAGGCCGAGUCCCUGCCUGAGAGGGGUGCCCCUUGCGCCUUCUUUGGGUGGGGAGAACAGGCACCCCUCUUUCCUGUCUGGAACUUCAGAGACGGCUGCCCUCCACCCUUGUUCCACCAUUGUGAGUGCCCUGAAGGCAUGAACUGAGGAGGCAGAGGGGAUCUCCCCCUCCUGAUCACCCAGAGGGGCUCUGAGCAGGGUGCUGCUCCCUGCUGUCCUGUCCUGCCAUGCCCAUUGAAGAGUCAUCAAAGUUUUGUGGCAGGGAGGUGCUGGGUUCAAAUCCCUGCCUUGUCAGCAUCAUAGCCUCCCUCACGGUGCCUUCCCAUCACUCUCUGGGCCUAAAUGAAUGACUGUGGGGAUGAGCAAAAGGCGGGAGGAGCUGAGGAGACCAUCCUCAGGAUGGAGGGAGGCUGUGUGUGUGUGUGUGUGUGUGUGAGAGAGAGAGAGACAUAGCCGCCUCUGGUCUCUGCCAGGGUUGUGGGUGGCCCUGACAGUCCCAGGAUGCCGAGUGCCGCUGUGGCCGCCUUUGGAAGGCGGGAUGUGGCGUCAGCACUUUGCUCUGAAACAUGAGCCCCUUGCGGAUGGGCGGCUGCUGCAGGGAGGCCCCUCCAUUAUGCAGUGACAGGCCGUGCCAGGAAAUGCAGUCCCCUCCCCAGCCCUGCAUGCUCCAGCGCAGCCCCUCACAGCUGUCCCCCAGCAGUGGGGCUUCCAGUGCAAACAGCAGGAUCCUCAACGUCCCCCGUCUGGUGCUCUGGGUGUGUGAUUGUAUGGCUGUGGCUGAGGAGGGGGCCUGGCAGGCAGGAAAUGCUCGAUGUGGGGGCUGCUGUACACCCCCUGCCCCCCCCGUCCUGUAGCACUUGGGGCUGAGGAUUCGCAGGAGGCAAGAUGGAAGAGGAGCUCCUGAGAAUCUCAGAGCCAAAGGAGAGCUUUUCUCUGCUUUCUGAUGACAUGCAGCUGAGCGGUGGAGGUGGCGGCCAGCUUGGGUUUCCUGCAUUUUGGGAGGGGGCAGGUUAGCUCUUUGCACUGUUUUUCAGUCUAAAUCCCACCCCACCCCUGAAAAUACCACAAGAAGCUGUUGGUUUCCAGCUGCAUUUUAUUAAAAAGCAAAGUGUCAGGAGAUCCCAUCGCAGGUCAGCUGAGCGAUGUGUGGGGAAGCCUCCUCUUCCGCUGUGAGCAAGGAUGCUUCCCACACCCUCAGCGUCUCCCCGUGAAGUGUGCUCAGUGGUGGGCAUCACCUUAUGGGUCACAGGACCCGAGGGGCGGAUGGGGGCUGCACACGCCUGACCAGCUCCAUGCGCUGCUUGCACCCCCCUGGCCAAGCUGUCAGGAGAGUAUUGGGGCCUCCUCUCUAUUGGGUUUUUUUGGGGGGGGAGUGGGAAGGGGUAGUUAUAGAUUCAUAGAAUAGUAGAGUUGGAAGGGACCCAGCCAAGGGCCAUCUAGUCCAGCCCCCUGCAAUGCAGGAAUCCCCGCUAAGGCAUCUCUGACAGAUGGGAUUAUUAUUAAUAAAUGCACCCUGCCUGUCUGAUAAAAAUUCCCCACUGUGGCUGCAUCAUUAAAAUGAUCUACAGCAUACAAACCCCCAGAGUGUAACUGGCUGGUUGUGGGGCUGGGCUGUUUGCUUGUCUGUGGGGGCCACAUGGCAAACCCCCCUCCCGCCUCCACCACCCACAGAGCUCUUUCCCUCAGGAACACUGGGGGGGGGGGAGCAGAAAGAGCUGCUGUCCUGGCUGGGGAGGGGAGGGGAGGGAGCCCCAGAAUGCUGGCAUCUCAGGCUUGCUGGUCUGGGUGGGUCUCCCCCCUCCCCAAGCACAUCUUUGUCAUUCCCCACAGCCUCACCCCCCUCAGGGCUUGCGGAAGAGUCUGUCCCCACCCCCGCCUUGUACAGGCCUUGCAAGCAGGUCUAGUGUGUGUUUUUAAGAGGGGGGAGGAAAUGGGGGCUGGUUUUAGCAAUAGAGGGAGCACCCCAACCAAGAAGCACAUGCUGCCUCUGGGAUUCCCUUCUAAUUAGAGCAAGCCAACAUUAACCAACAAUAUUAUCAUUAUUAUGUUCACUACGGGUUAGAGUAGGGCUCUGAUCCUAUGAUCUGGCAUUGUAAAUAAUGUUUGUGGUUCCUCAUUGUGUCUUUCCCAAGAAGUCCAUGUGCCGACAGCCAUUGUCAUAGGACCCCUGAGGGGCAUCUAGGCCAACCCUUUGCAAUGCAGGAAUCUCAACUAAAGUAUUCACGACAGAUGGCUAUCCAACCUUCGCUUAAAACCAUUUAAUGAAGAGAGUCCACAACCUCCCGAGGGAGACCAUCCCACUGUUGAACAGCUUUUCCUGUCAGAAAGUUCUUCCUGAUGUUUAGUCAGAAUCUCCUUGCUUGUAACUUGAAGCCAUUGGUUCAGGUUAUUCCCUCUGCAGCAGGAGAAAACAUGCUUACUCCAUCUUCCAUGUGACAGCCCUUGAGAUUUUUGGCUAUCAUAUCCCCUCUCAGACUCCUCUUUUCCAGGCAAAACAUCCCCAACUCCCUCAACCAUUCCUCAAAAGGCUUAGUUUAUAGGCCGUUUAUCAGCUUUGGUCACCAACCUCAGCAUACUUCCAGCUUGUCAACAUCCUUCUUAAACUGGGGUACCCAGAACUGGAUGCAGGACUCCAGGGUUACGAUGACGUCCCUCAGGGCCAACCCAAUACUGUACAUUUAGGCACCUGAGGAAAACUACAACAUGCCCCCACUACCAGAGAAGAAAGGUGAAAAGCUACAUCAAGAAUAAGCAGGGAAUAAAGAUCUGCAAUGGGAUCUGUUGCUCCUGUGGAUCCUGAGGCAGUCACCUCAUUUUGCCUCAUGAGAGAACUGGCCCUGACAUUCCUUGAUGUCAACACUUGAUGUUUGAUGAGGAAGCCUACAAUUGCAUGAGCUUUUUUUGCUGCUGCUGCUGCUGCUUCCACCUUCUUCUUCUUUGGCUAUCACUCGCAGCUGAGUAAGAUUGUCUUCCAUAAACACAGUUUUAACAGUGAGUCCGUAAGUGACUGUGGAGGCCAAUUCUGCAUCUACACGUCCUUCCAUAGUUCUGGGCGGGAGUUGAUCACAGUGAGGGUUUGCCAAGCGUGCCUUCCUCUUAGCACAUUUUUCCUUUUCGUCCUGAGUUCAAAGCCCAUGACACCUUUGGUCAAGGCUGUUCUCCAACUGGAGCGCUCACAGGCCAGUGUUUCCCAGUUGUCAGUGUUUAUGCUACAUUUUUUAAGAUUUGCCUUGAGACAGUCUUUAAACCUCUUUUGUUGACCACCAGCAUUACGCUUUCCGUUUUUAAGUUCAGAAUAGAGUAGUUGCUUUGGAAGACAAUAAUCAGGCAUUCGCACAACAUGACCAGUCCAACAAAGUUGAUGAUGAAGAAUCAUUGCUUCAUCACUGGUGAUCUUUGCUUCUUCCAGUACGCUGGCAUUAGUUCGCCUAUCUUCCCAAGAGAUGUGUCAAAGUUUUUGGAGACACCAUUGAUGGAAUCUUUUUGCUGCUGCAUCACACUGCUGACUCACAUUCAGCUUGUAGUUCACUAAGACCCCCCAGACUGCAGUUAAGCAGGGAUCCCCCAUCCUAGAUUUGUGCAUCUCACUUUUCCUGCCCUUUGGAGAGCACUUUGCGGGUUCAGUCCGUCAAAUCGCCCUCAUGGAAUUGUGUUGCGGAGAUGUGUGGGAAUCCAUCACACCACCUCAGUAGGGGUGGCACAGCACACAUGAAAGCAGCCUUCCCCACCUUCCAGAUGUGUGCAGGUGUGCAUGCAAAUGUGUCAUUGUGGGGGGGAUGUUGCACUUUGGUCCUGCUCCUGCCGCCUGACACGUGCAAAUGCCAUGCUUCUUUCUUGCUUCCUGCAGGUCACAGCCACAGAUGCCGACAGUGGCUCUCUGGGCUCCCUCUCCUACUCCCUGGGCACCGGCCUCACCAGCUCAGCCCCCUCUGCCUUUCGCCUUGGGGAAGAGACCGGCCAGCUGUGCACCACUCAAGACCUGGACCGCGACGAGGGCACCUCCGCCUAUGACUUCACUGUCACGGCGGUGGAUGGGGUGAGGAGGCCGCAGGGCUCGCCCUGUUGUGGCAGAACAGCUUCAGCCGGUGGUGGCAAAGGGUGGCCACAAGUGGGGAAGGGGGGCGGUUGGAGACCCUUCUGGCUGGACUGUGACAGCCUCUGUGGGUGUUGGGGUGGGCAGGAAGGUUUGCAGCAGCCCCUUUGGCCUCACCCUAAAGAAGGCCGUGGUCACUGGGGCCAGCCACAUCUCCCCGUCCGAAACACCAGGAGCCAGUUGGGCUGUGGAAGCACCAGUGUGGAACUGGAGCCCUGGCUGCUACCCCAGUCUGUGCCACCCUCAUUGGGGGCUUGUGGCUUCUGCCCCACCCACAGGCAGGGGCCAUUUGAGGUGCGGCAGAGUGAAGUCAUAGAAUUAUAGAAUGGUCGGGUUGGAAGGGACCCCAAGGAGCAUCUUGUCCAACCUCUUGCCGUUCAGGAAUCACAACUGAAGCAUCCCUGAAUUAAACAAAGGUGUGAUCCAGGCUCCAAGUUGUGGAUUCCCAGCAGCAUCUCUCUCUCUUUCUCUCUCCUUCCUCCCUUCCCAGGGUGGGCUGAGCUCCAUGGCCUACGUCAAGGUUUUCCUGGAGGACGUCAAUGACAACGCCCCCACCUUCUACCCUCUGGAGUAUGCCACCAGCAUCAGCACCCAAAGCCAUCCCGGCUCAGCAGUGCUGCGUGUCACGGCCCACGACAAGGACGAGGGGCCCCAUGGGCGGGUGACCUACCACAUUGCCGCAGGCAACACGCCCUCCCUCUUUGCCAUCAACCCAGACACAGGUGAGGAGGCGAGGUGGGCAGGCAGGGCGCGCCAGCCUCCAGGGGGGCUGCUUCCUCCCUCCCCACCCCUGGCCUCCCCCACAACCAGCUCUCCCUCUUCCUUCGCAGGUGCCAUCUCCUUGCUGAGGAGUCUGGUGGGCAAAGCCAACACGCUGGUGCAGCUGGAGGUGGCGGCCCGGGACGGAGGGGGUCUGGCAGCCCAGCCCAGAGCUCAGGUCAACAUCAGCAUUGUGGCUGGCACCAUCUCCCCGCCCAGCUUUGAGCGCACCCAGUACUACUUCACGGUCCCAGAAGACACCCGGCCGGGCAGCAGCGUUGGGGUCGUCUAUGCCCACAACCCCGCAGGUAGGCACAGGGAGCCUGUAAGAUGGGGCGGGGAGCCUCUGGCCUCUGAGCCAGUCUUUGCCCAUUGGGGUCCCAUUUUGGCCCCAUAACCAUGCCCAGCUGGCAGCACAGGCAACAUCAGCGGAUGGGUGAGACUUCUCGCUGCCUGCCCUCCCCCACUUUGGGCCUCUCUCUUAAAAGAGAAGUGCAGAGCUGUUUCAAAGAAGCCUUUUGGAAGGCCCCUGAAGAUGGUCCCUGCGCUCUGUUUUAGCCACUCAGAUGGGAGCACAGGGUCUGUCUUAAAGCACCUGGCAAAAAACGCUCCUUGAAGCAGCCUCCCACAAAGCACUUCCUGAAAGGACACUUUGGGAGGUGCUUUAGGAGAGUCCAGUGCUUGAGUGAUGUUUAAAUUAUGGGGGAGGCUGCUUCAAAGAGUGAUUUUGCAAAGGGCUUUAAAUGUCUCUUAAACCAUAUUAAGAGGAGGGUGCUGCUGCUUCAAUGAGUGCUUUUGCAAAGGGCUUUCAGAUGCAUCUGCCCCCCACGCCCCAUUCAAGUAUGAAGCUCAUGGGGGAGAGCAGGGCUAUCCUAGGCCAUUUGGGCCAAAGCUGUUGCAGGUCCCCAAGUUCUUAACAGUCAGGCAGCUGGCUGUCAGGCGCUUAGCAACCCUGUGCAAUAGGCUUUCAGAGGUGGGAGGGGCUGCCCAACUGUCAGUCAAGUGACACCACAUGCUGUCUACCUGUCAGAUUUGGCUUGCAAGGCUGAUCAGGAUCUGCACCAUCGAUCCAAACAGGUCCCGCACCCCUACAAUAAAUGCAGAGAGUGGCAGGAGCUCAAUAGAAGAGUUUCUGUGUCCCAAGUAUGUCUCUAUUUGGGGGGCCAGGGGGCUGUUUCCCACUCCAGCAGGUCUCCACCCCCGCUCUGUUCUUGCCUCCAGGCCACUUGGACAGUGUGUUCUACUCCAUCUCCUCGGGGGACCCCCACGGGUACUUCUCGGUGGACCCAGAAUCGGGGGAGCUGCACACCAGCCUGCCCCUGGACCACGAGGCCCAGUCUCUCCUCCUCCUCGAGGUCCAGGCCCGCAGCGGCUCCCCUCCCGCCUACAGCAGCGCUCGGGUGCAGAUCAGCAUCACGGACGUGAACGACAACGCGCCCGCCUUCCCGGCCCCCUCUGACUCAGUGCUGCUACCUGAGGGGGCUGCCCUGGGCACGGUGGUCUACACAGUGCAGGCGGAGGACCGUGACAGCGGGGCGAACGGGCAGGUGCGCUUCGAACUGGCCUCAGGAGGGGCCAGCGCCUUCACCGUGGAGCACUUCUCCGGGAAGGUGCGCCUCGCGGGGGCCCUGCAGCGGGAGACCAGCGCCCCCUACGGACUGGUCAUCCUGGCGCAGGACGGCGGGGUCCCCCGGCUCAGUGCCACCUUCACCCUCUUGGUUCACCUGCAGGCGGCCGAUGAGCACGGGCCCAUCUUUGACACGCUCACCUACCGCGUGGAGGUGCGCGAGGGCGUGCCUGUGAGCACCCGCUUCCUGCAGGUGCGAGCCCUGGCACGGGAGCCCAGCGCCCCCUUGGCCUACCACCUGCGGGCUGAGGGCGAUGCAGCCAGCUUUGGCAUCGCUCCAGACACCGGCUGGCUGUACGUGCGCAGCUCCCUCGACCGGGAGGCGCAGGAGCUGUACGUGCUGACGGUGCUGGCGGUGGCCGGGGAGGGCGAGGGUCGCCAAACGGGCACCAGCACCGUGCGCAUCACUGUCACGGAUGAGAAUGACAACAGCCCCCGCCUGAGCGAGGAGCGCUACUUCUUCACUGUGGCCGAGAACAGGCCGGCCGGCAGCAGCGUGGGCCGGGUGACGGCCAGCGACCGGGACGCGGGACAGAACAGCCGCCUGGCCUACCGCCUGGUGCCGCCCAAGGGGACCUUCCUGAUCCACACCCAGACCGGUGAGGGAGCAGAGCGGGAGCGGGAGGCCCUUCUCAGCAGGGGCUCCCGCGGGGAGCCGGGAGGGAGCAGCUGGGGGUCUCGCCUGCACUGAGCGCCUCUUCUCCUCCUCCUCCUCCAGGGGAGCUGAGCCUUCGGAGGAGCUUGGACCGGGAGCAGCAGGCCAGCUACCAGCUCCAGGUCGUGGUUCAGGAUGGGGGGACGCCUCCCCGCAGCACCACGGGCACAGUCUACGUCACUGUCCUGGAUGAGAACGACAACGCGCCCACCUUCCUGCACGUGGUCGAGGGCCGCGAACUCCUCCUCCAGGUGGGCGAGGGAUCCAGGGGGCAAGGAAGGAGCUCUUGGGGGCACUGGCAGUUCCUCAGAAAGGGCAGCAGGAAGGCCAGGGCCCGAGGGGUAGGAUCGUGGAGCAGGGAGGUGGCAUCACCCUCUGCGUGUCCAGGCAAUGGCUGCCAACUCCAUCUCCCCCCCCCCCCCCGCUGUACCCUCUCAGGUUCUGGAGGAGAAGCCAGCUGGGCUGCUGGUGGCUUCUUUGAGGGCCAAAGACCCGGACGAGGCAGAGAACGGCACUGUCUUCUACUCGCUGUCAGGUAAGUAGGUCCCCCUGGGCUGGGCUCCUGGGAGGCCCCACACUGCCCAGAGGUUUCAGGCCCCCACUCCUUCUCCCGGAGGGUUUUCUGGGCCUCCCCUUGGCUGCGCACCCCCCUCAGCUCUUCUCUCUCUGUCUCCCUGCAGGUGCCUGGGCAGAGCGCUUCUCCCUGCACGUGGCCACCGGGGAACUGCGGACAGCCACGCGGCUGCGCCAAGCAGACCGGGGCGAGUACGUUUUCACGGUGACAGCAAGCGACCGAGGUGCUGCCCCCCAGAGCACAACAGCAGCCGUGCGCAUCCAAGUAGGAGCCCUCUUUUGCCUCGGGCGUGGGCUGGGCCUGCCCCAAAUACCCCCAGGCCCCUUCCUAACCUCUCCCCUCCCUCUGCAGGUGGUGUCCACAGCCCGCCUGCUGCCCCGUCCCGACACUACGGUGCUGACCUUUCACCCCACGGAGGGCCUGCAGCCGGGCUCUCUCAUUGGCUGUGUGGCCCCCCCAGAGCCGCCUGCACCCGGGCAAGUGACCUACAUGCUGGUGGGGGGCAGCAGCGGGGACGGCCUCUUUGUGGUGGACCCAGGCACGGGGGACAUCUACGUGGCCCAGGAGCUGGACUACGAAGCAGGGAUGAAGCACAGCCUGCAAGUCAGCGUGGAAGAUGUCCUGCAGGGCUACCCCAGCCAGCGCCUGGUGUUGGUCGAGAUCCACGUGCAGGACAGCAAUGACCACGUUCCCACGUGGCCCCAGGACCCCGUCACUGUGGUGGUGUCUGAGGGGGCCACCCCUGGCACGUCCCUCUUCACCUUCCAGGCGCUGGACGGGGACGGCCCGGGGCCCAACAGCCAACUGCGCUACAGCCUCUUGCGCCAGGAGGCCCCCCCGGCCCCCUUCCAGCUGGAUGCGCGCAGCGGGGAGCUGAGCCUGCAGGGGGCGCUGGAUCGCGAGACUCAGUCUGCCUACCUGCUGGUGGUCCAGGCCACGGACCAGGCGCUCAACGCCAGCCAGCGCCACUCGGCGGCCGUCACUGCCCACAUCUUCGUCACAGAUGAGAACGACAACGGGCCCGAGUUCUGCUCCCCCUCGAGCAUUGACGUCCCUGAGGACCAGCCCACGGGCUUCCUGGUGCUCCAGGUGGUGGCCAGGGAUCGGGACCUGGGUGAGAACGGGAGGGUCAGCUAUGCGCUGCGCGCAGGGAACCUGGACGGGCGAUUCCACCUCAACCCCAACACAGGUGAGGCAGAGGGAGGUACAGGCCGCCAUGCAGGGAUUGGUAGUCUGUGUAUGCAGGAUCCCACCAGGCAUUCCCAGUAGUUGGGAAAGAGCACUGCAUCGGGAUGGAAGGGAUGUCCUUCAGUUAUAUGAGGAGUCCUCCCGCCACGAGAUUUUUCCGCAGGUGAGGCAAGCCUGUGUUCUCCCGCCUUUGGCACACCCUGCUAUUGUGGCUGUGCGCUCUGCUGAUUGGCUGGUGGCGGCGGCAGUCCCUCCUCCCUGUCCUGGGGGGCCGUCUUGCAAUAUGCCAUCAAUAAAUGGUCUGUCUGUCUUUCCGAGAUGUGGCCUGUGCACAGUCCCCCUGCCCCUAGGCGUGUGCAAGGGACCUGGUAUGUCACCAGGAGCAAAAGCACAAGUCUGGGAAAGAAAGGUAAAACAAAUCACCCCAAACUUAAGGCCUAAGACCCUUUAGUGCAGGGUAGGCAACCUAAGGCCCGGGGGCCGGACGCAGCCCAGUCGCCUUCUCAAUCCAGCCAGCGGACCGUCUGGGAAUCCGCGUGUUUUUACAUAAAUGUGUGCUUUUAUUUAAAAUGCAUCUCUGGGUUAUCUGGGGCAUAGGAAUUCGUUCACCCCCCCAAAAAAAAUAUAGUCCGGCCCCCCCCAUGGUCUGAGGGACGGUGGACCGGCUCACGGCUGAAAAAGGUUGCUGUCCUCUGCUCUAGUGUGCGAUGGGGGCUGGUGAGAGGCCUUCUGAAGUCCUGUGUUGUAAUACCUCCCCAGGAGCAGAAGUCUGAGACUCUGCACCUUGUGCUUGGCUGGGGGGGGGGCUAACCCUUUGGGGCAACAGCUCCUUAUGAGGGUUCUGGCAGAAAACAGAGGGGGAAAUUCCAUCUUUUGGUCGUUCUAAAAUGCUACUGACAUCCUUCUGAGGUUUACCUUCUCAGUGAUUGUUGACAAGGGUUUCUGGAUAACAACUGCUUUAUUCUCUUCCUUCUCUGAAUUGGACUUUUGCAGAAGAAUACUUUUUUACAUAAAAGGAUGAAACUCCUCCUUGCGCUGCUUGCAGGUGUAGAAAUACAUUUCCAACUGGAGUAACACUGGCCAGAAAUCUGAGAGCAGAGUCUUGCUCCAGCCCAUAACAAUGAGUUCUGAGUUGAUUCCCAGAACUAUGAGAUCCCUGCAACCCCCUUUUGCCGGUCUUGAGGCAAAGUGCCUUCAUGCCCCAUCUCCAUCUCAAAUGUUGGCCUCCUGCUCUCCUCCCAGGCGCGCUAUCCAUCGUGAGGACGCUGGACCGGGAGGAAGUGUCCCAGCAUAACUUGACAGUGGUAGCCACGGACCACGGGUUGCCACGGCGCUCUGCCACGCAACUCCUGCUUGUGCAUGUGCUGGAUGUGAACGACCAGGCACCUGCCUUUGAGAGAAACAGCUACGAAGCCAGUGUGGCAGAAAACCUGCCCCCUGGUGUCCCCGUGCUGCAGCUGCACGCCACCGACCCCGACCUGGGUAAGAGCCUGACCCUCGGCCUGCGGUCAUUUGCAGGGCCAUCCACCCAGAAGUGGAAGGGAUGGGGAGGAGUGUCUGGCCAGACAAUGGGGUCUGCCAGAGAGCACAAGCCCCCUUUCCAUGGGGGCUCAUUGUGUCCUCCUUGCAUAUUGUGCCAAAGGCCUUCUGUCUUUGAAACUGGAGACCUCUGAACUCCUGGGCAUCAGUGGGUGAAGAACCUCUGCCAGCCUGGGCUGAGGGCACUGGGGUGGGCCAGGGGAGGAAAGGUUGGACUUGGCCAGCUGGUCAGGACAUCUCAGCCUAACCUCCCUCACAAGAGGGCGGCUAGAAUUAAAUGGUGAUAAUCCUUGGAGCAAAAGGAGGGUGCAAAUGCAAGAGAGACCACAGAGGAGGCAGGCCCAGCCAAGGUGGCUUCAGCCCAGCAGAUCAACCCAACCAAAUGGCCAGAAUGCCCAGUGGGUGGCAAGAGCACCAUUUGGUGUUGGGUUGGCCACCGCUCUGUGGAAGCGCAGGGGCCCCUGGCCUAGCUGGUGCCUGCCUUUGGCUGCCUGCUGGAGCACCUCCUCUUGCUUCAGCCCUGCUUCAGAGCAGCAGCAGCUCCCAUGCGGCAGAGACGUUGUCUGCUCCUUGGCAGUGGUUGGACCAGUCUGUGGUUGGACCAGGAGGCUCCCCGUUUCCAUGUCAGGCUGGUCUUGAAAGGCUUCUGAAGCCCAGUUUGAACAUGCCAGCCUCUGGCAGCUGCCACAGCUGGGUCCCCAGUCCCUGCCCUGCUAACACUCUGGCUUUGCCGGGGGGGGGUCAGCCGAGUGUGGUUGGGAGGGUGUGGAAGAGGGGCCUUUGCGCCUGUGGGGCUGCGCUUGUGAGGAGGUCAAUGUGGGGGAAGAGUAGGGCCCAUGCUCAGCCUCCCUUGCGUAUCUCGCCAGGAUCCAAUGGGCAGGUGUCCUACGGCGGCAUCUCUGGGGACGAAUUCUCCAUCGACCCCCACACGGGUCUGAUCAGCACCCGGCGCUCCCUGGACCAUGAGGAGCGUGCAGAGCACUUGCUGACAGGUAAGGUGGGGGAGGGGGAGGGGGUCCUCGGGGGGGGGGCUCUUGUGAGGCCCACAGGCCAGCGGCUCCUUCUAGUACCAAGACAGACUCUCUAUGGCUCACAGCCUGCUCCCCCUCCCCACAGUGUACGCGCGGGACAAGGGGCUGCCCCCUCGCCAGGCUAAGGCCACGGUUCGCAUCCUGGUGGCAGAUGACAACGACCACGCGCCCACCUUCCAGGCGGAGGCCUCUUCCCUGGAGGUCCCAGAGAACCAGAGCCAGGUGGAGCUGACCACCGUGCGGGCCACGGAUCACGAUGCAGGGGAGAACGGGCGCCUCACCUACCGCCUGGCAGGUGAGGGAGGGAGGGAGGGAGGGAGACUCCCUGCUUGGGGAGAUGCAGUGCCAAAGGCAGGGGAGGGCAGAAGUUUCCCACCCCACCAGGGGCUCCUUCUCCUGGUCCCCCUUCAUUUCAGAGUGGAUCCAUGCAGCCCCCAUUUCCCACUUUGGAGCCGUAUUAAACCUUGGAGAUUUUAUUUAUUUAUUCAUUACAUUAAAAUUUAUACAUUGCUCAAUUGUGGGAAAACAACCUCAAAGUAGUUUACAAAAAGAUGAAAGAAGAAAAUCAAGAAAAAUUUGCAGUGAUGCUUUAAAGCCUACAAAAAGUUAAAACGCUAAAGCAGAUAAAAUCUGCACCAGCACUUCUGUGCUUCCCUGAACAAGAAUGUCAGAAGGAAUAUAGGGAAGCUGCCUGUUUGAUACCAGUAGGCAAGGAGUUCCAGACUAAGUUCUUUCCAAUGCAGAAAGGGGGUUAUGGGAUGCCUGUAGUGUCAAUUCCAUGAAGUGGGUAAGGCAAUCUUCAGGCAGGGGAGGAUUGACACGUGGGCAGCUGAGAAACCAGCAUGAGGGGUAGUUUGGGCAGUCAUGUGCCAGUCCAGGAAAGCUUCACCCUCCUCCUGCUCCUCCCUUCAGCUGGAGACUCUGAGGAAGACUUCGCCUUGAACCCCGUCUCCGGCCAGCUGUCCACAGCACGAGGCCUGGACCGGGAGCGUGUGGCCAGCUAUGCCCUGACCGCCCAGGCCUGUGACCAUGGCUCCCCCCCACGCUGCACCAGCCUGGUGCUCCACGUGAAAGUGCUGGAUCUGAACGACAACGCCCCUCGCUUUGCCCAGGAAAGCUACGUGGCCGAGGUGCCGGAGGACUUGCCCGUGGGGGCGCUGGUGCUGCAGCUGGAGGCCCAGGACCCGGACGAGGGGCCCAAUGGACGCGUCUCCUACUUCCUGGCCAACGAGUCGCUGGGCACCUUCCAGGUGGAGCCUCAGACAGGCCGCCUCACCACCACGCAGCCGCUGGACCGGGAGCAGCGAGACUCCUACCGCUUCAUGGCCGUGGCCGUGGACUCGUCCCCGCAGAGCCCCCGCAGUGCUGCCGUGCAGGUCACGGUCAGCGUCCAGGACGUCAACGACCACAUCCCGGCCUUUCCGCUCAGCCCACUUUCUGUCACGCUGCCCCGCAACACGCCCGCCAAGCGGGUGGUGGCCACGCUGCGGGCUGAGGACCACGACGCGGGCGCCAACGCCUCCCUCCUCUACCGCCUGGCCGCCCCCAGCCCCGCCUUUGCCAUCAACACCUACACAGGCGCCAUCCAGCUGCUUCAGCCCCUGGGCACCCUCACCCAGCGCCAGCGCACCGUCUUCGUCCUGGCCAGCGACCUGGGGGAGCCCCCGCUCUCCUCCAUCGGAGUGGUGGUCAUCCACCUGCAAGACGAGGCCUUCCGGGGGGUCCGCUUCCCCCGCAGCACCAGCGACGUGACGCUGCCAGAGAACGCCGCGACAGGUAUGGGCAGAGGGUGGCUCUGGCUGGCUAGUCUGGAGCAGAAGGGGAGGGGGGCUGCCUUGUCUGUCCCCAGCCCAUAAGUGGGAGCACCAAGGCCACUGUGUGUGUGUCCCAGAGGAAACCUCAGAGUCUGGCAUCCUGUUCUCACAGGGGCUGAGCAGUUGCCCAUAAAAUGUGUCCUUAAUGUUGUACACCACCCUGGGAUCUUUUGAUAAAGGGUUGAAUAUUAAUAUUAAUAUUAUUAUUAAUAAUAAUAUAGGAAACCCACAAGCAGGACCAGAGCACAAGAGCAACACUCUGCCCUCCUGCGGUUUCUGGCAACUGGCAUUCAGAAGCAGUGCUGCCUCUGACCGUGGAGGUGGGCACAGGCAUCCUGGCUAGUGGGCCUCGGGAGCCCCCUCCUCCUCCAUGGAUUUGCCUAAACCUCUUUCACGGCCAUCCGAGUUGGUGGCCACCCCUGCCUCUUGUGGCAGGGAGUUCCGUGGUUUAGCUCUGUGCUGCAUGAAGAAGUGCUUGCUGUUAUCUGUCCUGAAUCUUCCACUAACCACAAAGCAGGUUUCCUUCUGGAAGUGGAUGUUCUUUUUCUAAAGGCCUCCCCCCCCCGGCUGCCUCCCCCUCCAGGCACCACCGUGCUGAGCACCCCAGCCACCCACACAGCCGGCUCCUCAGGCCGCAUCACCUACAGCAUCGUCAGCGGCAAUGAGAAGGGCGCUUUCCGCGUCCAGCCCAGCUCAGGUACGGAGGGGCCCUCGAGGGCGGGGCCAGGCCGGCCCCCUGGGGCGUGAGGAGAGGCCUUGGGCCACAUCUCUGGUCAAAAGGCCCCCUUGGAAGCCUGCUUGGUCCUGGAGGAGGUGAGAGCCAAAGGCUUUGUGGGGGCCGCCUCCCUCCCUCCCGGCUCCCUUCUCCUCCUCCACGGGCUUGGAUGUGGUCCUGCUCCAGGGUGCCACUUCCAUGGAGUGAGGGCCUCUCUCCCCCUGGAUCUGGCCAUCUGGGUCCGGCUUUUCUCGCUGCCCUUGCCAGACGCAGAGUGCAGGCCUCCACGGCAAAGGAGGGCCCCACAUGCCAACCAGAGCAGCCCCCAAGUUGCCUUCAAGGGAGAGGGUGGCCCCCACCACACGGCUUCCCCGGGGAGAGAGUGUGGCGCAGACGGCCGAUCUGCCCCCUUCUGCCCCUGCAGGCCUGGUGUCGGUGCAGAAUCCCCGCAGCCUGGACUUUGAGCUGAGCCCCCGCUUGCACCUGGUGCUGCAGGCAGAGUCCGCCUCCUCCCUCGGCUUCAUGGCUGUGAACGUCAACCUGCAGGACGUCAACGACAACCGGCCGCGCUUCCGGCUGCCCAACUACGUGGCCUUCAUCUGGGAGGCCCAGGGCUACGACUCACCCGUCAUCCAGGUGGGAGGGGCCCUCUGGGAUGGGGGGCUCCUCGGCAGGGCUCCAGGCAAAGAUCAGGAGCAGCACCGGGGGGGGGCUGGGGGGGCAUGUGGGCCAGGUCCAAGCGGGGGCAGGACUCUCCAUGUCUUCUCACGGCAGGUUGUGGCAGAUGACUUGGACCAGGGUCCCAACGGGCAGGUGACGUACACCAUCAACCAGACACUGCCCAUGAACGGGCUGUAUCGCAUCAACAGCCAGACGGGCGCCAUCACGACAGCGGCCAUUCUGGACAGGGAGAUUUGGGCCCAGACCCGGUGAGUCCGCCCUUCGGCCUCCUCGCUUCCAGCCAUGGAGCGACUGGCCACAAGCCUCGCGAGGAGCCCAUGGGGAGACAUUUAUCCUCUCUGAGGCUCUGUGCUGAUGUUGGGUAGAGGGAGAGAGGUGGUGUUUAAAUUGUGUAAUUGCUUUUAAUUGUUUUGAUUGAUGUGUUUCUGCUGUGCAGUGAAUCUCUUUGGGAUUCCUCGCAGGAAGCAACUCAGAAGUGAACUGAAUCAUGGAGAGGCAGCCAGUCCAGAAAGGGCGGGGAUUGGGGGAUGGGCAGGGACAGAUCUACUGUGAGACUAAUGAAGCUUCGGCUUCAGGGCCCUGAAUCCCAGGGGGACCCCAGAAGCAACUUUAGUCCAGGUUGCUUAAAAAUUGUGGGUCUAGUAGACCCAAUCUGAGCUGCAUUGAUUUGAGUCUAAGUUGUAUAUAUUUCAACAACACCAAAGUCCGAGAGUCAGGAGCACAGAUGUUGUAAAGCUGUCAGUUCUGUCACUGAAGAAGAGAACGGGGCUUGCCCAGACCUUGUUGCUGGUGGCCAAGGGGCCCCCUGACAUUUCAAGCUCCAGGCCCCAAAAAGGUAGGUCUGUGACUGGGCCAGGCCAGUUCCCUCUUCUGCCCCCGCCAUGCGCUCCCUGGAAUAGCAGGGGUGCCUGUGGGGGCCUCCUGAAGGCUGCCAGUCCACAGGAUGCCAAAGGGGAAGGGGCACCGUGUGGCACCAGGCGGGCCUCUCCUUGGCCCUGACCCCCAUUCCCCAGGCAGACGCCAGCUGCGCCCCCUUGUCCCUGAGACGCUCCUGCUUCCCUCCGCCCACAGCCUGGUGCUGACCGCAACAGACCGAGGGAACCCUCCUCUGGUGGGCUCUGCCACCCUCACAGUGCUGGUGAUGGAUGUGAAUGACAACAGCCCCACCAUCCCUGCUCCCUGGGAGGUGCGGGUGCCUGAGAGUGAGUAGAUGGAACAGGGCUCAUGAAGCCUCCUUGGUUGGCCGGGGGGAGGGGUGCUGUGGGAAAGCGGGGCUCUCUCGGCACGGCUCCCCUCAAAAGCGGGCACGGAGGGUGUCACCUGGGAAACACUUGCAAAACCUGAAGACAUGAGCACCUCUGAGCAAGUGCAGAGCUUCUUUCUCUUCGUGCUGGCACAGAGCCCUCCGUUGAGAUGGGGAGGAGAAGCCAUGCCCCCUGGGCAACCCCAAACAGCUCUGCAUGGCCUUUGCCCCUGGCAGGCCCAGCUCUGACCCCCUCCCCCCACUCCACAGACGCCCUGCUGGGCACCGAGAUCACCAUGGUGACGGGCAACGACGUGGACUGUGGGCCGCAGCUCUCCUACAUGCUGGUGUUGGACAGUGGCACCGCUGGCACCUUCAGCAUCCUGCGCUACGGGGGCCGCAUCACUCUGCUGGGGCCGCUGGACUAUGAGCAGCGCAGCCGCUAUGCACUGACGGUGCGCGCCUCGGACUCUCAGCACGAGACGGAGGCCAACGUCACGGUGCUGGUGGAAGACGUCAACGACAACCCUCCCGUCUUCUCCCAGGCCCUGUAUCAGGUGCGCAGCCUCUCCCCUCAGGGGCCGCACGUCCUUCGCAGGCAGGGCAGAACCCGUUAGAAGGCCAUGCACAAAACGAUCUGCGUAGGGGAGCUCUGCAGCUGUUCCACACAAAUGCCGUGCGGGAAAGUGCAGGAAAGUGGCCCAGAGCUAGGAUUCAGAGGGCUGGGCAGCGACAGCACCUUCGAUUGCAAACCUCGAUGCAAAUUGCUAUGUUGCUGCUUUAGUUUAAGCAUCACUUAUGCCAAAUAUGAAAAAGUGUCCAGGUGUGAGUUGCCCCCUUCAGCUCAACAUGGCUCAGUCACAUGCCAGAGAGACCACGCCUCCCCCCCAGAUCCCCUCCUCAUUGCCCUCAUUCUGCUGUGCUCCCCCUUUGGCUUCUCACAGGGGCACCCCUGGGUAGGGGGCAGCUCAUGCUAACAGGUUUCCCCCACAACCGUGGAGGGCAAAUGAAUGCCCAGGAAUGAUAGGUAACCCUCUGUGUCCUCCCAGAUUGUACUGCCAGAACACACCCGAGCCGGCAGCCCCAUCCUGACCCUCAGCGCCACAGACCUGGACUCAGGCGCCAACGGGGAGGUCACCUACCAGCUGGCCAGGCCAAGCCACUUGGUCUCCAUCCACCGGACCAACGGUAUGAAGGCAGCAGUGGGAGGAGGCUGUAUCCACGGAAAGGCCCCUGUGAGAUGUGUUGGAGGGGCAGGGGCAGUUCUGGGAGGGACGGGACUUUGGCUGAGCUCUUCCUUCUCCUCCUUUCUCCUCUUCAUCUCUCUCCUCUUCUUUGUCCUCUGUGAUGUUCUCCCUCCUCUGUCUCUCCUUCCUCCUCCUCCUCCUCACUGCCCUUUCUCUGCCCUCCCAGGGACCUUGUUCACCACGCAGCUCCUGGUGCUGGAUCCGGGGCGCUCCACACUGGACAUCCUAGUGGAGGCCCGCGACCAGGGCACGCCCAGCCUUUCGGCCUGGACCACGGUGCAGAUCCAAGUGCUGGACGUCAACGACCACGGGCCUCAGUUCCUGAAGCCGCACUACAACGCCUGCGUGUCGGAGGACCUGCGCCCGGGGACCACCCUGCUCACCCUGGAAGCCACAGAUGCCGACGUGACGCGGGAGAACGCGGCCCUCGACUACACCAUUGUCAGCGGGAACAGCGGCCACGCCUUCCAGCUGGAGGGCCGUUCCGGGGGCGCCAGUGCCCUGGUGCUGGUGGAGCCCCUCGACUUUGAGGCCGUGGCCAUCUACAACCUGACGGUGGCCGUGUCGGACCGGGGAGUGCCUCAGCACAGCGCCGUGGUGCCCGUGCUGCUCACUGUGCUGGACGUCAACGACAACCCCCCGGUGUUCGGACGCUCUGCCUACCACGUGGCCGUGAGCGAGGGCACCGGGCCCGGGGCAGAGCUGCUGCGCGUGGCAGCCCAGGACCCCGACUCGGGGGCGCACGGCCAGGUCCGCUACAGCAUCAGCUCCGGGGACCCCGGCGGGCUCUUCCAGCUGCACCCGUCCACAGGGGCGCUGCGCCUGGCAAAGGCGCUGGACUGCGAGGCCCAGGCCCUGCACACCCUGGUGGCGCGGGCCUCGGACGGAGCAGGCGGCCAUUUUGCCCUGGCCUCCAUCACCGUGGAGGUGAAGGACGUCAAUGACAACCUCCCCUACUUCCCCCUGGAGGUGCUGAGCUGCAGCCUGCGGGAGAACCUGCCGCCAGGGAGCCUGGUCACCACGGUGCGGGCCGUGGAUCUGGACGUGGGAGCCUUUGGGGAGCUGCGCUACGCCCUCCUGCCGUCCGAGGGCGGGGAGGCCUUCGCCAUCAACAGCAGCUCCGGGGAGCUGCACGCGCUGCAGCCCUUUGACUUUGAGCGCACAAAGGCUGUCCAGCUGCGGGUGCAGGCCACGGAUGUUGGCAACACAUCGGCCACAGCCACCGUGCGUGUUCUGGUGACCGGGGAGGACGAGUAUGACCCCGUGUUCCUCAGCCCGGCCUUCAGCUUCGAGGUCCCCGAGGGUGCCCAGCGGGGGCAGAGCAUUGGGUCCGUGGUGGCCACAGACGAGGACGAGGGCCCUGACGGUGUGGUGCUCUACACGCUGCUCAAGCCGUCUCCCUUCUUCGGGAUCAACCAAACCAGUGGCGCCAUCUACCUGCGCGUGGACAGCCAGGCGCCCUCGGGGGGGCCUCCCAAGCAAGAGCCCCGGGAAAUGGUGCUGGAGGUGCAGGCCCACAGCCCCUUGCCCGCCUCGCGCUCGGCCUCCGCCCAGGUCACCGUGGACGUGACGCACACCUCCUUCGGCCUGGUGCCCGACCUCAACCUGCUCCUGGUGGUCGCCGUGGCCGCCUCCCUGGGCGUGGUGGUGGUGCUGGCCACCGUGGCCAUUGUGCUGGCCCUGGUCCGCUCGCGGCAGAGCCGUGGCCCCAAGGAGGUGGAUCUGGCCCAUGUGCAGAGUGGCUCCUUGCAGAAGCUGGGUCACGGCGAGCCGGCCCUGCCCGGCGGAGACUGCCUCUACCACGAGGCCCUGCCCGGCUAUGGCACGGAACCGGCCGGCCCCUACACCCGGGGUGGGUCUCUGGACCCUUCCCACUCCAGCGGGCGAGGUUCCGCCGAGGCGGCCGAGGACGACGAAAUCCGCAUGAUCAACGAGUGCCCCCGCAUGUCCAGCGUCACCUCCUCCCUGCAGGAGCACCUGGUGGCUCGCGGACCCGACUCCGGCAUCCAGACGGACGCGGACCGCCUCUCGGACGUCUCCUGCGAGCCUGCCACUCUGGAUGCGGCUCACUGGUUCAAGAACCGGAAGGGGCCUGGGGGCCUGCUGCUUCCCGGCCAGCCCCCCCAGCUCUACCGGGAUGACGGGGGCAGCAGCGGCCCCUACCUGGGGGCCGGCUGUGGGCUCAGCGUCUCCUCCGCCCCCAAAGACUACUCUUUUCCGGAGGACGGGAAGCCCUGCGUGGACGGCUCCCUGACGGCCAUUGUGGCCAGCGAUGAGGAGCUUCGCGGCAGCUACAACUGGGACUACCUCCUCAACUGGUGCCCCCAGUUCCAGCCCCUGGCCAGCGUCUUCACAGAAAUCGCCCGCCUGAAGGACGAGAGUUCCCUGCGCAAGCCCUUCCCCGCCAAGCCCAAGCCCCGUAUCGACCCGCCUCCACUCAUCACCUCCGUGGCGCACCCGGGCGCCAAGUCCGUGCCCCCCAAGCCGGCCGUGGGGCGGGCCUUCCCCCACCUGGCCACCGCCUCCUCCUCCUCUCUGCGACGCUCCCCCAUCAGCCACGAGGGCUCCCUCUCCUCGGCCGCCAUGUCCCCCAGCUUCUCCCCCUCGCUCUCCCCACUGGCUGCGCGCUCCCCCAUGGUCUCACCCUUCGGGGUCUCCCAGGGGCCCUCCGCCUCCGCCAUCAGCACCGAGCAUUCCCUGGAGGCCUCUGAGGAGGCCGAGCUCCGCAUCUAGCCUGGGACUCUGCAAAGGGUGUUGACUGAGCACAAGCCCCGCCCCCCCCAGUCCUGGAGCCGAGACUGUGGGACUUUGCCAGGCUGGCUCCUGCAUCUGGGGCGCUCUGCCUGCAGGAGAGUCGUGGGUUGCAGAAGCCGCCCGGCGUCACCGUCCUCACCUCUUCCUCGGUGCAAAGGGAUGCUGUGAGGGGCAGAAUGCGUCCCUCUCCAGGCAACUGGCUGGCCAAAGCGGUGGCAGGAGAUGGGCUGCGCUCCUAGGGGGCAUUCCAUGUGUGGCACAAGGACCACUGCCCUGUGGCAGAUCUCACUGCUGUCCUUCCACUGCCCCCACCCCAUGUACAGAUGCUACUCACAGGAAGACACACACCACCUUCUCAGUAUUGUUCCACCCCCACCCCACCCCACAGGGCACUGCUCCCCCCUGCACACGGAGCUGGCUGGGCAGGGUCUGCUGAAGGGGCGUCUGGCUGAAGCCCCCGUGGCCUCAGGGCUGUCCCUGCCCCCUCCAGACCCAUGAGAUGCUGCUGCUCCAAUUGCAAUGGGACUCAAAGGCACCCCACAGCAGUAAAGGGGGCAGCCAGCAUGGAGGAGCCUCUUUGCCUGACCAAAGCGUAUCUCUCUCUCUCUCUCUCUCUCUCUCUCUCUCUCUCUCUCUCUGGGCCAAGGUAGGUGCAACUUGUGCCCUUCACAGUCCCACAUGAUGCCACCAGCUCCCCUUCCGUGCCAGGGGCCCCUGUGCCCUCCUCCCACUGCUUGCUUUGCACUGGCACAUGCAUGCAUUGGGGGGCUGGUUCCCCCCCCCCACAAGCAACUCUUAACCUAGGAAGAGGGCAACUUCACUUUCCUCGCUCACACUGGGUGCUGCCCAGGAAGAGCAGCACUCUGACAGCUUGGCACUGGGUGUGGGGGCCAUGGGGUCGUGGGGUGAGACAGCACCAAUGCCCUUCUUGUCCGCGUUGCUCUUUGUCUGAGACUGAAGCAGGGGAUUCCAGACUCCCCACAACUUCAAAGCAAUACCUCCCCACCCUCAGCACAGACUUGCAAUAACCAAGUGCUCCUCCCUUGGCUUCCUUUUUUCAGUGAGGGGAGUGAAUGGCACUACAGUAGCAAUAAUUAAACACCCCUGUCUGUCCACCCCCAUCCCGCCUACAGGCACAUACAUGAGAAUAAGGGCAAGCAGAGGGAGCGGCCAUCUCCUGAACCCAUCCAGCUCUGGCGGGUAGCAGCUGUCUAGACAGGGGAACUUCCCAGGCCUCUCUGGAGAGGCGGCCAAGUUUUGUACCCAGGAUCUUCUGCAUGCCAAGCAGCUGCUCCCCCCUUCCCUGCCAGUGCUGGCAAGAGGGAUCGUGUCUGGCCAAAUGCCCUGCAGAUAGAAAGCUAGCAUGUCAGGAGGGGAAGAUUCAGCUGCCAGGCUGGUCAACUGGCUCCAGCAUGACAAGGAGCUUGAGGGGCCACAGGGGCUUGAAAGCUGCAGAUGGGAAGAGUUGAUGGGUGCUUUCGGCAGGAUGCUGAAGAAGCCCAGGAAGCAUGGCAGAGAGACCCCAUCAGGGGCAGGGGCAGUUUGCUCCUUGCCCACAGGCUUCCCAGAAGGCUCCUGCGCAGGGGGGUGGGCCUGGGGUGGCUGAGGGCACUUUCUCUCCAGGCCGGGAAAAGCUCUACCAGCAGAACUGCUGCCUGCAUGCACAAGACCAUGGGCCCAGGCCUUUCUGAGGGACAAGCAGGCGAGGGGUGGUGCCCUCCUUCCCCCUCCCAUGCCCAUUUCACCCCACCGAGGCCUGUCCCUCUCUGGCAUCCUCUCUGCCCUGACUGCAGCCCAGCCUGGCAGACUCUGUUUAUUUAUUGUAAUCUGUUUCCUAUUUCCAGCAUUUUGUAUCUUUUUGUAUUGCUGAGCAUCCGCAGCAUGAUAAGUCCCGGGUGCCCCGCCCGCCCCCUCCCUGGCCCUCCUUUUGAGCAGGGACCAGAUCCAAGUGCCAACUUUUUGAAGUAAUGCCUUAAUAAACCACACCGUGUUUGUAA